AGGCACACACAAACUUUUUGGCAAAGAAGCUUGGGCUUCGGAAAAAAAUGCAGGAUCAAUUGCGUCGAAAGAGAUGGCAGCUUCAUUACGAGCGUGCUCACAUAAACGAUUCUAUUAGAGAUGCAUGGAUAUUAGAUGAAGAGACCAGAAUUAAGCGUCGUCGAAUUGAUCAGGCCAAUGUUGAUGAAUGGAAUUCUGUCAUGGAAGAGUUUCCUGGGUUUCCUGCAUGCACACUUUCUGGGUUAUCGGACAAGGACAGAGAACUGGACUUUAAAGAACUUGGGAUGGCACCGUCACUACCAAAACCUGCAGCAACCCUUUCGCUUUUUGCUAUCUCAACAUCAAACAGAUUGCCACAGACAUCUACAGCCAAAUCUCAUACAGACUCUUCAGCUUUACCUCCUGUCAGUCUAGCAUGUGACAAUAAUUUACCAUGUCUCACGUCAUCUGCACAUACCACUCAUGGAGAAGUGAGCCUUUCAACGAAUAUGUCUCAGCAUAUAUCACAAGCCCAGUCUCGUCAGCAAGCAUUGACAUCCCAGCCACACAUGCAUCGACUAGAUUGUCAUCAAGAUAAUCCUUUGAAAAAUACUCAUGGGUCAAUCGUUCGAGCGGAUUCAAGCAAUGCAUCAACAGGAUGUUCACAAUCCGUCUCCAAGCUGAAGCCUCAACCUCAGGCUUUACAUCUCGCACCCUCACAACUGCAAUCAAAUCACACUACGCAUAGCACAUCUGGCAUGCCUGUCAUUACAUCAGACAUGCUAAAUUCAAACGUACAUUACACUUCUCAAUCACUCCCUGUUGAAGCCAUGACUGCUGAUGGUCAGCUACGUUUACAGGGCCACUGGUACAAGGUAGAUGAUCGAGCAGAUUUGUAUGACAAUGGGUCCAAAUUCACCAUCAAAAUUGUUACAAUCGGUGAUGUAGACCUGAUUGUGCAGCGAACGGAUGGAUCUAAAACCAAACUUCCUCUUGCAUUUCUGGUUGAUGGACGGGUAAAGCUUAAGCCCAAACCCUGACUUGUACUGCUUUGUUAUUUUCCACAGUGCCUAUCCCACCACUUUUUUAUAAACUUUAUGUGCUUUACAAACGU